GAGCGUCUAUAUCCUAUCCUGAAGGAGGUAUUACGGUUGGAAAGUCGCGCCAAAGGAGCCGAAAUCGUCCAUCGAGGACUGCGAGCUGUUAUUCUUGGUCGGCCAAACACUGGCAAAAGCAGUUUAAUGAACGCACUUGCGCAAAGAGAUGUCGCUAUCGUAUCUGAAAGAGCAGGUACUACUAGAGAUAGCAUUGAGGUUCGACUUAAUAUCGCCGGAGUUCCUAUGUCACUGACGGACACCGCUGGAAUCCGUGACGCUGAGGACUCUUUGGAAAAAGAGGGUGUCGAAAGGGCGAAACGGAAAAUCUUGGAGGCAGAUAUUGUUAUAGCCGUUGUUGACGCCAGCGCUGCAGAAGAGGAGACGAAAUCAAUUCUGAGUGAACUUGAGGAACUAGCUGUGACAUCUUUGCCUGUUAUCGUCGUCAGAAACAAAUCGGAUUUGGUGCAAUGUAAAAAGUUCAGCGCAGUUGAAUCGACAGCUCGAUUAGAUGUUGUCGAUUGUCUAGAGACCUGCGCUCUUACCCCGGAAGGUU